UGGAAGCUGUUAUCUGUGUUCCUGACUCCAGUUAAAGGUCGUGGAACCUGGUGAUAUUUACAGAGAGAAUGGUUACUGGAGUGAACAAAAUAUUUUCGUACCGCUACGGAAAUAACCGCUGGCCAUCGGGGGUUUCUGAGUGUUGACAAGUAACGGGACUCUGCUCUCUCCAUUUCUUGUGGUUCUGGAACAGGUGUCACUCUCUUUCUGUCUUUGGUUGUGCUAGGCCGGUAUUACACGAUCAUAUUUUUUCGUCAAAGUUGAAAUGUCAAAUAUUCAUGUCAAAGAAAUUUGAUGCUGUAAUAGAGAAAUGUGUCAAACAUCACCUAUCAGCUACUCAAUAUGAUCAAAUCUAGGGCCUUGCCUAGGUUUGAUCAUACAACUCUUUCGUCUUCUGUUCACUUUAUUGUGAAAUGUAACCAUAUGAAGCGCUGGCGUGGAUACAGUUAUUUGACGUCUUGUAGUGUGUUUGAAAACAUGGCUUCAAAUUUCUCGUGUUCCUUCGACUUUUUUAAAUUUACUUCGACUGGGGUGGAGAGAUUGGGCGUGGAGCAUGCUAUUAAUUGUGUGAUAAUAGGCAGGUGAAAUAUGCUGUAGGCAGAAUCACAGCUAUAGCCAUCCACCUCUUUAAAAAUUCUUUCCUAGCUUUCCAUUCUACUUUGCCUGUUUUUGAACUCUGGAUGCCACAAGUUAAAAAGCACUUCAUCUGUUUCGUACUUUUUAUUAAUUUUGUAGAUGUUGGAACAUUGCAUUAAUUAAAUUAUUGAAAAGUAAAAAUAGUUAUUGUCCACAUAGUGUACUAAACAUUUAUGUACUUUCAUGUAUUCCUCCUUUAGAACCUUAAAAAUCGCUUCACACGUUUCUGGAAUUAUUUUGGUUAAUAUGCAAUGUGAUAUCCGAAUGCUGUGUUGUAAACUAGAAUACGUCUGUCAUGUAUCCAGAAAUCACAGUGCUAGUUUGCCUGUCUUGUGCAGAAAUAGCAUUUCUCAAGAGAGUAUUCUGUUUUGUAAUUUGAGAAGCCACUUUAGUGAGCAACUACACCAUCAAUUCGGAAGUCGGAUGGUUGAUUUGGGUAAUUUGCAUAUUAAGAAUUGACUUCCUGCAGCUCUAGUAGCAAAUUUUGGUGAGUGCUUUUAUCAUCUUGACAUAAUACCUAUGGAUUCACCUAAGGAUUGGAGCGCACAAUAACAAGUUGUUGUCUGCCUUCUUGAAAUUUGACGAAAAAUAUGACGACAGUGUAAUACUCCUUUUUAGCACCACGUCAAAAAUCUUUGUCAAAGAAAUUUGACAGUGUAAUUCUGGCCUUAUAAGAUGUUGACCUCGUUUCAUGCUCUUGUUUUUCUCUCUGCCUUUAACACUAGGCUAGUAGUAUGAGCAUUUAUACUUGAAAAGCUAUGAAAUAUGAUUUAUUGUGGGAGCCCUAUCUGGCUACCCAAUGUUAAGAACAACAUAUUGUAGGAUGAGCCCUGUGAGAUCGAGUGUUAUGAUAGCAUGUUUCAUCAACUUGAGGACAUUCACGAAAUGUCAUUCCUACAGACCUGUGCCUUUAAGCCGUGUACAGAUGAGGAUACAUCUUGUUGUGCCACUAAUGGUGCAAUAAGAUGGUACAACUUCCUGUUCCAAUUGCAUGCCAUCUGGUAGCUGCGUUUGUUCGUAUAAUGACUGCAGAUGGCACAAAAUUAUUUUAUAAAAUAGAUGAUGAUGAACUAAGAGUUGCAGCUGCUGCUUUUGCAGUCGUUAUUGCAGUAAUAUCUUGGGGACAUUGAUGAGGAAAUUUACGUUGGCAUGAUAGAAGCUGGUGCAGUCAUUAAUGCACUAAUAUCUCGGCGACGACGAAGAAAUUUAUGUUGGCAUGAUAGAAGAUGGAGUAGGUCUCGGAUUUUAAGAUGUGACGGUGGCAUUCGGGAAUUGUUCUGCCUAUUACAUAAUCAACUGAGCUUGGAGGGCAGGGAAUCAUAUAAAAUUUUUCUGAGAAUGCGUGAGACAGAAUUCUUCGAACUGCUUCGUUCAUUAAUCCAAGAAUAACGAAGCAAAACACAGUUAUGCAUGAAUGUAUCUCAGCUUCAAAGAUGUCAGUUAAUUCUAACACUGAGAUUUCUAGCUACUGGAUAAAGCUACAGAAGCCUAAUGUUUCAUUCAGAAUACUAGUAAGACUUAUAUCCCGAAUUAUUCCUGAAUCUUGAGACACAAUUUACCAGUGCUUGAAGGGUUUAUAUAUGGAGAUGCCAUCAACAGAAAGUGAAUGGAAACAUAUCUCAAAACAGUUCCAUGACAUGUGGAACUUUCCAGAUUGUCUUAGUGCUUUAGACGGGAAGCGUAUGGAAUUCCGACUACCAAGAUGAAUGGGAUCAUACUACCACAAUUACAAAGGAGAAUUAAUAUACUGAAAAAAUGGCUUAUGAUGAUAUUUUGAAGUACUUGGGAGAGUCUGGACGUUACCAAAAGCGUAUUUAUAUCUUCCUCAGUUUGCCUGUGAUAUUUUGUGCUACACACGAAGUGGCAAAUGUUUUCCUACAAGCUAAAACAAAACAUAGGUGCCGUCUUCCUUAUGAAAUGGAAAAUAGUACAUAUGUUUUGCCACCUGAGGUAAUUAAUAUGACAAUUCCAUGGGAUACUGCAGCAAAGAGAUGGUCACCUUGUCAGCGGUUAGAUGCAAAUUUCACCCAAGAAUAUUUUGAUGCAAGAUUACCAACAAAUAACACUGUGGAUUGUGACAGUUGGAUAUAUGACACAACGACUUACAAGAGCAGUGCCGUAAUGGAGUUUAACCUAGUCUGUGAAUAUGCAUGGUUAAGUGCAACUGCUGAUUCAAUGUUCAUGGUUGGAGUUCUUCUUGGCUCUAUAAUAUUUGGUGACUUGUCAGACAGAUUUGGGCGGAAAUCAAUUUUCUUCAUCUCCCUUGCCCUCCAGGUAAUUGGUGGAAUUGGAGCUGCAGUUCUACCAAAUUAUUCUUCAUAUGUUGCAGCUAGAAUGUUGAUUGGUGCUACUACUUCUGGAAUGUUUUUGGUAGCCUAUGUUAUAGCAAUGGAAAUGGUUGGUCCAAGCAAAAGAAUGGUUGCUGGUUUGUUGUGCCAAGUGUUUGGUACAACUGGAUACUUGCUGACUGGAUUCUUUGCUUACUUUAUAAAGGAAUGGAGAAUUCUGCAAACAGCAUUUUCAGUUCCUGAAGUGCUUUUCCUAUUUUACUGGUGGUUCAUACCAGAAUCAGUCAGAUGGUUACUCACAAAAGGCAAAACUGAUGAAGCUAAGCACUUGAUUCUCAAGGUAGCCAAGGAGAAUAAAGCAGAUGUUCCAGAUGAUGUCCUGGACAAACUACUACAAGAAGAGAAAGUUCAGGCACAGACUGCAGCUGCUGUUCAAAAGCCAUCUCUGCUGGAUCUAAUGAGAAACAGCAAUUUAAGGAAGAAAUCAUUAAAUAUAUUUUUCCAGUGGUUUGUCAUAAGUGGCACGUAUUGGGGUUUGUCAUGGAACACAUCAAAUCUUGGAGGAAAUGAUUAUCUAAAUUUUUUCAUGGCGGGAGCAGUAGAGUUUCCAGCAAAUAUAAUUUUACUGUUUACUCUGAAUAGAUGGGGUCGUAAAACAUUGAUGUGUGGAACAAUGCUUCUAGCUGGUGCUGCGCUCCUUUUAACACUUUUUGUGCCUCAUAAUAUGACAUGGCUGAUAAUUACAUUUGCCAUGAUUGGAAAGCUUGGGAUAACUGCAGCAUAUGGUACAUUGUACAUAUUCUCAACAGAACAGUUUCCAACUGUUAUUCGUAAUGUUGCUCUCGGUGCUAGCUCAACAUGUGCUAGAGUGGGAGGCAUACUUGCACCAUAUGUUAAUCUUUUGGCUCAAUACUGGCGGCCACUACCGUUGGUGAUAUUUGGUGCUCUAUCUUUGGCAGCAGGAGCUACUGCACUUUUACUUCCAGAAACAAUGAAUCAGAACUUACCAGACACUAUAGCAGAAGGAGAAAAUUUUGGAAAGCUAACCAAUGAUAAACAAGACAUUAAUGGUGAUGUCCUUUUGGAGACCAAGGAGACUGAGGAAUGAAAGACAUGAAAAUUUGUGAAUUAUAUGCGCUGAUGAACAUUGUACACAAAGCACUCGUUGUGUUAUACUAAGGUAUAACACAAAUGUGUAAAAUGGCAAAAAUACUUAAUUUAGUGGUCUUUCAAUUGCUGAUAUGUGCUCACUGUAUUUACAUUGUUCAGAUAUCUCAUGCCAUUUUGUAUGAUCAUCUUUGAAUUAUAUGUCAGCCACAACUUUUA